CUGAUAACCAUCGUUUGACGCUGUCAACCAAUUUGUUUUUACAUUAGACAUUUCUUAGUAGCGUUGGCUCAUUGGUUUCAUAUUCUGUUUACAAAUAAACAGUUUUAUUUUUUACAUCACUAAUAUCAACUCCCAGCACUAUGACACUCGACACAAAUGCAAACGCCGAAAAGUUGCUGACAACGAUCCACCAGGAAUACAAAAUACUCGCCGAAUAUAAAAUGAUACAAUCUGAAGAAACUGGAGGCAUAUACGUGAUACCUUCGAGGGACAACUCGUUUCUGUGGUUUGGCGUUAUAUUCGUCCGCGAAGGAUAUUAUAAGGACGGAAUUUUCCGAUUUAACAUAUCUCUACCGGACAAUUUUCCAAGCGACAAGAAACCACCGACAAUAAUCUUCCAAAACGAGAUUUUCCACCCGCUCAUUUGCCCGUAUACGUGCACCUUGGACACUUCAGGUGGAUUUCCAACGUGGACAGAGGGAUCCAGCCACAUUUGGCAAGUUUUGAAAUUCAUCCAGUUCAUCUUUACCCACCCACAAGACUGUUGCCAGACAAUAGAGAACAAACUCCCGAAUCAAACUGCCGCCGAUUUACUAUCCCAGAACAAGGCAGAAUUCAUUGCAAAAGUUAAGGAAUGCGUGACAGCGAGCGUUGAACGAAUUUAUGAUCCAGCACCAACUGACGACAUCCACUAUAUCACAUUCGAGAAAUUCGAUCCCGACGUUCAUGGUACCGUCCUAGACAACCUCAAACACAACAAAGAGAUAUGUCCCUCGUCGCCAACGACUGGAUUGUCAUGGGUCAAGGAGGGCGAAUUCAAGCCCUUAAGCAAGGAAUAGAGUGAAAGUGUGCUCAUCAUCGGGACCACAAUGCAAUCAGACUUGUUCACAAAGGACGUCACAAAGAGGAAACAUAUUUUAUCGCAAACUUUUGAUUUAAGACAUUGCGACUAUAGUCAAUUCAAGUUGAUAUUUUUUUAUUAAAACAAAGUUACAAAACUAGCUCAACUUCA